AUGAUUAGAACAAUACCCGCAAGGUUGAAGCCGUACGUCAUAAGGCAAUAUCUAAGCAGUAAGGCAGCUCUAUCCCCAACAAUCAAAGAGCAGAUACUGGCUCCCACACCUAUCGGAUCGAUUUUUGAAGUGCGUGGGUUUGUUAAAAGUAUACGAAGUUCGAAAAAUGUCGGGUUCUUGGAUAUAUCGGAUGGUUCAACCUCAAAGAUAAUCAAUGUUGUUCUUGUGGGUAAGAACCAGCCUAAAUUUCAAGUGGGCGAAAGCGUUCGUGUCAAAGGUGAAUGGAGUAUAAGUAAAGGAAUGGGCCAAGAUAAGGAGCUCAAAUAUAACCCUGAAAAUCCUAACCAUGCUUAUGAAAUCAUUGGACGAGUGCCGGAAGACUAUCCUUUACAAAAGAAGGCAACCUCUAUGUCGUUUUUAAGAACUUUACCAUCGUUGAAGCAUAGAGCCUCAACCAUUGGGUCGUUUUACAGACUACGAUCAUUCCUUGAAACUCAAAUGAUGGAUUUUUUCAAUCAUCAUAGCUUUAUAAAAGUGAGCCCUCCAUUGAUUACAAGUUCAGAUUGCGAAGGAGCUGGUGAAACAUUUGAGAUAAAGCAGGCAGAGGAGUUUUUUGAAAAAAAGGCAUACUUGACAGUUUCCACUCAAUUGCAUCUAGAGGCAAUAUCGUUGGCUCUUAAUAGGGCGUGGACGUUGACUCCAUGUUUUCGGGCAGAAGAGUCUAAAACCUCUAGACAUUUAAGUGAGUUUUGGAUGUUGGAAGCGGAGAUUUCAUACUUGGAUGACUUGGAGCCGUUGUUGAAUUUCACCGAAGAAAUGGUUAAGUAUGCCACGAGGAGACUAGUAGAGAAGAAAGAAGAGUACCUCGAGGGAACUUAUUUGGAAAAAGAGGUUAUAGAGUCAAGAUGGAGGCAUAUUCUUGGCGAUUGGCGUCGUUUGACCUAUAAUGAAGCGCUCGAUGAAUUGAAUAGCAAGGGCGCAAACUUAGCAUUUGGCGAUUCGUUGAACUUGGAUCAUGAAAGAGAGUUAGCUGAGAAUGGCCCUGUUUUUGUUACAGACUACCCAGUGUCAUUGAAACCAUUUUACAUGUUAAAGUCAUUGAACUAUAGCGAAGAUAAACCCACUGUUGCAUGCUUUGAUUUAUUGUUGCCACAAUUUGGCGAACUUGUCGGCGGAUCCCUAAGGGAGCACGAUUAUGACACACUUGUCGAGUCCACGAACAAGAACAACAUGAAUUUAGAUGAUAUGGGUUGGUAUACCAGUUUGCGUAAAUGCGGAACCAUUCCUCAUGGUGGAUUUGGUAUGGGAUGGGAACGGUUUGUUACCUACUUAUCCGGACAUGACAAUAUUAGAGACUUGGUUCCAUUUCCAAGAGCUCCAGGCCUUUGUAAGGCAUAG